CAACAACAACUGUUCUUUCAACAACAACUGCAGUACCAACAACAACUGCUGAAACAACUGGAGUGCAAACAGCAACAUCUGAUGUUACAACAACUGCUACUGCAUCAACUGCUGGCCCAACAACUGCUGCCACAACAACAACUGCUGCCCCAACAACCACAACUGACGCAACAAUGACUACCGCAGUACCAACAACAAAUGCUGUUACAAGAACGACUGCAGUCCCAACAACAACUGCAGUACCACCAACAACGACUGAGGUUACAACAACUGCUACUGCAAUAACAGCAAUGGCUGUUGCUACAAGUACUACUGUUACAACUGGAGUGCGAAAAACAACAACAGCUGAGAUUACAGCAACUGCUGCAACAACAAUAUUUGUUGGAAGAACAACAACUGCAGUACCAACAACGGCUGAAGUUAUAACAACUGCUGCAGGCACAACAACAACAGUUUCUACAACAAUGACUGCUUCAACAACAAAAACUGCAGCAUCACCAACAGCUGUCACAACAACUACUGCCACAUCAACAACAGCUGCUGCAACAGAACAUGAAUAUACUGUGGCAGCAGAUAUGCCUAAAGAACCUUUUACAGAAGACCUUAAAGAUCGCAAUAGCACUGCAUUCAAAGAGCUUGAAAAACGAGUUUUACAGACGUGUUCUGUCAUAUACAAAGAAAGAUUUGGUGAUCGGUUUGACCACUGCCGUGUGAAAAGUUUCAGUCGUGCUCAAGGUACAAAUUCACGAGCGGAUGGAACUCAAGCAAACAUUGGGAUUGUGUUCAAACCAAGUACUCCACUUGCAGAACUCCCACAGAACAGUGUUGUUGUUCAAACUUUAGUAGAAGCUGUAAACAAUUCCAACAAUAGCUUCAGUGUGAGCAUAAGUCCCUCUUCUGUUCAAGUGUUAGCAAGUCCAAUUCCAACAACUACUACACCUGCAACUACUGCGUCUGCAACUACCACACCUGCAGCUACUGCGUCUGCAACUACCACACCUAUGACUUCCACAUCUACAACUACCACAACUACCACUACCACAACUACCACUGUAGCAACUGUAAACAAAACAGUGAUUUUCAGAUCUCGUCUAGACACAUAUACCAGUGACUUGGAAAAUGCUUCAUCUCCAGCCUUUAAAAAUCGAGCUUCAAAUAUAAAGGCACAGCUUGACCCGAAAUUCAAAGAGGAAUUCCCUGGCUCCUUCCGGUCCUUGGAGGUGGUGGCAUUCAGACAAGGAUCAAUCAUCAACGAAAUGAAACUUACAUUUGAAAGCACAUCUGUUCCUAAUAACACUCAGAUUGCAAGUGUUCUGAUCAACGCAGCUUCAAGCGUCACUGGCUUUGACAUUGAAGGCAGCUCCAUCACUGUGGAUGGCCUCGCUUCGAGUGGAGUAAACCACAAGAUCAGUCUGCUCACUGCAUUCUGCCUAGUACUGUUGUCAUGGUUACUGUCAAGCCAGCAAUAGGAUCAGCACUGAUUUCCCUUUGAAUUCAAAUCAGAACAUGACUGCCAUCAUUGGUAUGAAAAAUUGUUGUAUGGCUUUGUAUGAUCUUAAUUUAACCUUGCACAGAUUUGACAAAUUGAUCAGAUUGAUCAGGUGCAGUAUGUCUGUUGAACAGUGUCUGUUUAGAAACCGGAGCCAGACAGAAUGACACAGACAACUUUAAGCAUCUGCUCUACUGAGUCAUCAAUAGAAUAAUAAGACAAAUGAUAUUCUAACCAUAUAUUUAGCUGGAAGUCAGAAAAUAGAUACACUGUUAAUGUAUAUGUGUAUUUUGCUUCACUGAGCACUUUGCUAUAGCAAUAUUUAAAAGAUGUAGCUUCAUUUUGAGACAUACAGACUGAAGAAUCUGAAUGCUAGAUUCUGAAUAAAGAUAACUCUCAUAAUUUGUACAAACACAUAUUCAAAAUGCUGUUGUUUUACUUUUGAACUUGAAAUGAUCUAAACCUUUCUGUAGUCUCAAAGUUCAUUUUUAGCGUUGCAGCAUAGCAUAGCAACAUAACUGCUCCACAGAGAGCAUAAUGAAAUGAAAUGAAGGAACACAUGAAGCAAUGCAAGUUGUAUCAUGGAUGGAGGUAUGCAUGAUAUAUAAUGUAUGUCAAACAAUGCACUGUCAGUUUUUUUCUUAUUUAUCCAGAGUUUAUUUAUGUAAUCAUGCACAUCUGUAUUCUGUAAGAUUUAUUAUAGUUUGUACAACUUCUGUCAGAAACUUUACAAUGAAUACAAAA